AAAAGAAAAGACGUGACUUUGUGAGUAACAGAAACAGCUUUUCCACACUCUCUCGAGAUCUCUCUCUACCACAAGUCAAAAGUUUUAAUUUUGAUAUAUAUAUAUAUAUAUAUAUAUGUUGUAUAUUUCUCUUCCGAGAAAUCAGGGUUCGAAUUCAAUCGAUCGAUUCGAGAUUUUCAAUUGAAGGAAGAGUAUUGAGCCCGGCAUGGAAGUGAGUGGUGAAGAUCACAAGGAGGUCUCUUCGAAGAUCGUAGUGGAAGAAUGGAGCGGUACAUCGUCGGCGAAGCUCUCAAGGACUGCCACUAUCACUUCCUCUUCUUCUUCGAUCUCUGUCCAAAGAUCCGGUGGCCGAUUCCAACACGUUUCCAGGCGGAUUCUUGAAGCAUUCGUGCCUGAGGGGUUUCCUAGCAGUGUAACUCCAGAUUAUGUCUCUUUUCAAAUGUGGGACUUAUUGCAGGGCCUAUCGACUUACAUUCGGACAAUGCUUUCUACCCAAGCUCUCCUAAGUGCCAUUGGUGUUGGUGAGAAAUCAGCCACCAUCCUUGGGGCUACAUUUCAGUGGUUUCUAAGGGAUUUAACUGGAAUGCUUGGAGGUAUCUUGUUCACAUUUUACCAGGGUUCAAACUUGGAUAACAAUGCCAAAAUGUGGCGUUUGGUUGCAGAUCUCAUGAAUGAUCUUGGAAUGUUGAUGGACCUUCUUUCUCCUUUAUUUCCUUCAGCAUUUGUGUUCAUUGUUUGCUUAGGGAGCUUAUCAAGAUCAUUCACUGGUGUUGCAAGUGGAGCAACUAGAGCUGCUCUGACACAGCAUUUUGCCCUUCAGAAUAAUGCAGCAGAUAUAUCUGCAAAGGAAGGAAGCCAAGAGACACUUGCAACAAUUACAGGGAUGGCAUUAGGAAUGCUUCUUGCACGUAUUACAAUGGGACACUCCAUAGCUAUAUGGCUUUCUUUUUUGUCUCUCACCAUGUUCCAUAUGUAUGCAAAUUACAAAGCUGUUCGGUGCCUUUCGUUGUCUACAUUAAACUCUGAAAGAAGCUCAAUUCUUCUGCUGCAUUUUAUGGAAACAGGCCAAGUUCUCUCCCCAGACCAGGUCUCUGUUAUGGAGCAUGUUUUACCAUUAUGGACCACUCCAUGGAGCUCAAAGAAUGUAAAGUUUUUGCAUGCACGAAUACGCCUAGGUGUGAGGGUUUCCUCACUGAACCUCCUGGAAAUGGUGGGCCUCUUGCGUUCUGCCAGAUCUCAUAACAAGAAAGAGAAGUACCUGCUACUCGAGCAAAAGGGCAUCAUCAGCGUUGUUAUCCAUAAAGAUUCAGCAGCUGCAGAUGUCUUGCAGGCAUUCAUGCAUGCUCUUGUUAUGGCAAAUCUUGUUGGUAAAGUCAAUUCUGCCCAUUCGGAGAGCCAAUUGUGGAUGGAUAAACACUAUGAAGGCUUUGUUUUGAAGCUCCAGUCAUCUGGGUGGAAAGCGGAACGCCUUUUGUCAACCUCAAUCACUUGGAGGGCAAAUUGGAUGAGUAAAUCAAUGGAUGAAAAGAAUGACUAGAAAGUUUGCAGUAUUCUUGAAAUUUAGCUUUUACUUCUGGGAGUUCAGAGAAUGAAUCUAACAGCUAUCUAUCUGAAGAAGAAAGUGUGACAGGAUUAUGACAGGGAAACAGUAACGAGUAAUAUUGAUGAUUGCAAAGCAAUUCGGGUAAGAGUGUGGGUGCUUGUUGGGACAAGAAUCUUCCCAUUCUCAAUCAGAACUUUUUCUAUCGUCACGGGUCUCUCCUUACCUUUUGUUGCUAUUAGAAUGCUCAACAUCAUAUUAAUACACUACUAAUCUUACACGUCAAUGUCACGAACUCGGAAGAUGUUUGAAUUAUCCUUACUUAAUUGUCCAAAUGAGUUUAUCAAGUUCCUGCUGUGUCCAGGUUAAUGUGGGUGCUCCAGUGUAUUUGUCAACCACUUGGUCCUGAAACUGCAUUUGGGAGCUAAAGCAACUUGAUUAACUUUUGGGUAUGUUCACUUUCAUGUAAUUUAUAAGGUGGUAGUAGCAGAAAAUUUGUUUCCUCUCUCGAUGAUUUCUGGUUGUAGACAAAUAUGCGUUGUCCGUAGGCCUUUGGGGCUUCAUAGGGAGAAAAUUUUAUGUUUUUCAUUGCUUUAAGGAAAGCUUUAAUGGAUUGUUUCUUGUGUGUUA